AUGUACACCGACGACGAAAAGCGAGGCUGGAGAGAAGCCGAAACGACGACAAGCGAAGAGCAGAACGAGGCCGAAGGACUUCUUGAACGGGCGACAAGUCGCAAAACACAAGGCUCUGGCUUCCUCCAUGGCGGUGCAUACACUCUUUUGACUUUGAUCAUUGUUGUUCAAAGCAUUAUUCUUAUCCGCUGGCGGACAGAAUUAGCAGAACACCCACCGAAGGUCUCCAAACUUGGUCUCAGCACCCUCCGCAACAAAACCCUCGACUCUGGGCUUCUCAACCGCUUCUGGGAAGACGACAACCUCACAGGCCCCAACGAAGCCUGGGCAGGAAUCAAUUCCGGACACGGAGUUAUUGCCCUCGACAUUGACUACGCCACGAGACAAGGCUUCCCUGACACCAUAAUCCACCCGUACCACGACGACAAAGUCGUCUACGCCCUCGAAGCAUACCACCUCAUCCACUGCAUCCAGGUCCUUCGAAAGGACUACCUCCUCGUUCGCGAUAACAAGACUCCCACAAAACCGCUCGAGCAUGCGAUGCAUUGCUAUGAUGCGUUGAGACAGAGUGUGAUGUGCUCUGCGAGCGAUGAUCUGUUGAUCGUCACUGGCCAUGGACACAAGGGUGGUUUCAAUCAGACUAGACAGUGUCGGGAUUGGGACGUACUGAGGGACUAUGCGACCGCGAACACGGCCUGUUAUUGGGACGAUGAGCUGCCAGAGGGCCAGGAUGAUCCUUGGAAGAUGUGUGAUGAUGGGUCCGAUGGGUUGCCUGUUGGGAACUUGUUGAAUUGA